UGAGUCAGCUGUAGGAAUAUUAUUCGAGGUGGUUUUAGUUUGGUUGGCUGAAAAAGCAAGAAGGGGAUGAAGAAGAAGAGCAACAGGAAGGAGAAUAAAGAAGAGGAUGGCGUGGAAGAGCUUCUCCAAGCAGCUUCCGACGAGCUGCUUCUCGAUCUCUCCGUCAAUUCCCACAUCUCCCACGUCUACCCUGACUACAUCCCCUCCGAUCUCGACCGUCGAUUCCAAGCCCUCAAAUCCCAACCCUCCAAAUCCAAUUCCACUCCCAAAUCUCAACCCCACGACACCGUUUCGAGGCCGGCGGAUGUUGUUGGAGACGAUCUGUCCACCAGAUUCGAUGCUUUAAAAGGUAAGGCUUCCUCCUUAUCGUUGGAUCAAAGUAGUAGUAGUAGUAGUCGUAAAGGAGCGUACGAAUACGAUGAAGAGGACGAUGAGGAUGAUGAAGUUGAGAAGCUGAUUCGCUGGGCUAAAGACGCUGCUCGUCUCGACCCUUCUCCACCGUCCGACGAUGAUGAUGAUGAUGAUAAUGAUGAUGAUUCAGAUGAUGAUUUUGAUCAUCGUACGGAAAAUAAAAAGAACGCAAAAUUGAGGAAUUAAAUUAUUUAUAUAUUUGAUGUAAUUAUUAUU